AUGUAUGCAGCUGCCAAGGAAAUGAUCGUAGGCUGCGUGAGCAGGGGCAGGACAGGGUGGGUCCAGGGACGGUACGAGGCUCCAAGGCAGGCAGAGGAAGAACACAGUUUAAAGGAGCGAGGCAGUCCACAUCUGGACCAGGGAGGCGAGUGGGACGGCCCCUCGCUGCUGUGUGCGCUUCGCGUGGAGGCGGCUCGUCUUGCUGCGCAGCCUGGGCUCCAGGGCGCGCGGGCUCCGUGGUCUCAGCAGUGGCGGCCGUGGGCCCUUCAACACGGGCUCGGUGCCCUGCGAGACGUUCCCCAGACACUCACUGUGCUGAUGUCCUCACUCGAGUCCAUCUUGGCCGAGGUUAAUCCUGGCUUUCAAAGUUAUCUUCCACCUCACAUCCUGCCUCAGGAAGGAUGCCUCUUCAUCGUGGCCCCAGAAACGGACUCCAGCAAAGGAAGAGAGCCCACGGGCUUAGCAGGGGGACAGCUGACGACACAUGAGGAGGCACUUGCCAGUCGCGUGCUGUGUGUGCUCAGCCACUGCGGUCGGGUCCGCCUCUUUGCGACGCGAUGGAUGCAGCCAGUUGAUAAGCAAACUGGCAAGCAUCUCCUGAAGCACAUACAGUCUACUUUCACUGGCUCGCAGAGGCCGCAUGGAGAGGCCUCGCACCUGGAGCUUCAGGCCCUUCGGCAGGGUGGCUGUGUGAGGAGCACUUCACUGGACUCCCACCUCAAUCAAGAUGGCGGCGGGGGCUGUGUGGAGAGGCUGCACACGAGACUCGAGUCCAGAGCCUCGCGAGAACUCCGCCCCCUCCCGGCUGCCAGUGAAAGGGCCGCGCACAGCCUGUUGGGAGAGCUCGCGCUCUGGAGCGGGAGCUCGCCCGGUAGUUUCUUUGGCGAAGAUACGACGCUUUCUUUUGCUUCUUAA